AUGUCUAAAACAAGAUCUCAGAGAAGUCAGUCAAUUCCGGAACCUGCUUCUGUAAAGGAUGAUAACAUAUUAUGUUGUGUAUGUGAUGCGGUGGUUCAAAUCGAGCCCUCGGACUUAUAUGAUGAAUUGGUGAAAUAUGCUAGCAAAAGUAAAAACAUGAAGUUUUAUUGUGAUAAUUGCGUGAAACAUGCUGAUGGUUUCAAAGGUCUUUUGCAGAUGCUUAACGAAAAAUUUGAAUCCAUUGAUUCUCGUUUUAAAAUGUUUGAUUCCAUUGAUAUUGGGAUGAAAAAUCUGCAGUUGAGGCUUGAGUCAAGCGGUGAGAACCUAAAACAGUUAGAAAAACUAGACGAGAAACUUAACCAGUCUAUUAAUUCCUUGAAAAAUGAUAUCACCAAGUCUUGGUCAGACGUGGUAAAGAGUAAUUCUAAAAUUGUCAAUAACGAGGCUGCUUCUUUGAGAAAUAUGAUCAGUACUUCAUUUUCCGAUGUGGUAAAAAAGGACCUCGACGUAGUUAGUAAAGAGGUCAUCUCUGUUCGCAGAACAAUUGAAAUGGCAAAUGAAGUUAAGGCCCGUGAGAACAACAUAGUUCUCUUUAAUUUCAGCGAAGACUUGGAUGUUGCUAAAGAUAGGGGCAAUGUUCUUGGCUUUUUAAGGUCCCUAACAGACGAGUCUCUGAAAGAUGAUGACAUAUUGAAAAUAUUCAGACAAGGUAAAAAGCCAAGCGUACCGUCUCCCCCGCGUCCAGUGAUUGUUAAUUUUAUCAACCUUUCUGCAAAAGUCCUGGUUAUGAGAAGAUUGUUCAGAUUAGCGCUGCUGGAUGAAAAAAUGAGGGAAGUGAAGAUUAGUGAUGACCUUACAACGGACCAGCGUCUGCAGCUUAUAAAAUUGGUUCUUGAGGAAAAAACUCGGGAAUCUAAAGAUGGUCAUUUUUUAUAUCGGAAUGUUUUCAAGGUUAAAAAAAUAGAAUUACCAGUGGUAAAUUCCUUUGAAUCACUUGCUAUUAAAUUUCGGUGCGGUAAAAAAACGAUUCUGUUAUUGGCAGUUUAUCGACCGGGUUCUGUACCAAUUACUCCUGCAUUUUUUGAUGAGCUUACAUCACUCUUGGAGCAGAUUUUGUUAUUGGCGGACUAUGUCAUUCUUACGGGGGAUUUGAAUGUUCAUUUGGAAAAGAAACAGUCAUUGCUCUCAGAAAAAAGAAAAGCCUACUGGGGAAAUAUGAUUGAAAUAAAUGGCUCCAAUCCAAAGAAACUCUGGAUGACAAUUAACAGGGUUUUAUGCAAGAUGAAUUCUGUUGAUUCGCUUAAUAUGUCAGAUGAGUUAAAUUUUGAUGAUUUUGCUCAAUUUUUUUAA